CCGCAUUGCCACUGGGCCGGCGGGGGCGCUGGUUGCACCGGUCGCUGGGAUCCGCCAGGGACGCCGGCGGCGGGGUCGGCCCGGGCAACGCGAGCCGCCCGCGGGGCAUCUCCCUCUCUCGUUCCCCACCCCCUCCCCCCGGUCGGGGGAGGCGGCGUGUCCGGCGGAGGGUUGCGGGGCAGGGCUGGAGCGCCAUGAGCAGCCCGGAUGCGGGGUACGCCAGUGACGAGCAGAGCCAGCCUCGGAGCGCGCUGCCCGCCGUGAUGGCCGGGCUGGGCCCCUGUCCCUGGGCCGAGUCGCUGAGUCCCCUCGGGGACAUGAAGAUGAAGGGCGAGGCGGCGGCGACCAGCGGGGCACCGGCCGGGACCGCGGGCCGAGCCAAGGGCGAGUCUCGCAUCCGGCGGCCGAUGAACGCCUUCAUGGUGUGGGCUAAGGACGAGCGCAAGCGCCUGGCGCAGCAGAACCCGGACCUGCACAACGCCGAGCUGAGCAAGAUGCUGGGCAAGUCUUGGAAGGCGCUGACGCUGGCGGAGAAGCGGCCGUUCGUGGAGGAGGCCGAGCGGCUGCGCGUGCAGCACAUGCAGGACCACCCCAACUACAAGUACCGGCCGCGGCGACGCAAGCAGGUGAAGCGGCUGAAGCGGGUGGAGGGCGGCUUCCUGCACGGCCUCGCGGAGCCCCCCGCGACCGCGCUGGGCCCCGACGGCGGCCGCGUGGCCAUGGACGGCCUGGGCCUGCCCUUCCCCGAGCAGGGCUUCCCCGCGGGCCCGCCGCUGCUGCCCCCGCAUAUGGGCGGCCACUACCGCGACUGCCAGGGCCUGGGCGCGCCCCCGCUCGACGGCUACCCGCUGCCCACUCCCGACACGUCCCCGCUCGACGGCGUGGAGCCUGAUCCGGCCUUCUUCGCCGCGCCGCUACCCGGGGACUGUCCGGCCGCCGGGCCCUACAACUACGCACAGGCCGCGGACUACGCAGGGCCCCCGGAGCCGCCCGCCGGGCCCCUGCACCCCCGGCUCGGCCCGGAGCCCGCGGGCCCCGCGAUGCCGGGCCUCCUGGCGCCCCCCAGCGCCCUGCACAUGUACUACGGCGCGAUGGGCUCGCCAGCGGCGGCAGGCGCCGGGCGCGGCUUCCAGAUGCCGCCGCAGCCGCCCCCGCCGGGCCCCGGGCAACCGUCGCCCCCGCCCGAGGCGCUGCCCUGCCGGGACAGCGCGGACCCGAGCCAGCCGGCCGAGCUUCUCGGGGAGGUGGACCGCACGGAGUUUGAACAAUAUCUGCACUUUGUGUGCAAGCCCGACAUGGGGCUCCCCUACCAGGGCCAUGACUCGGGCGUGAACCUCGCGGACAGCCACGGGGCCCUCUCGUCGGUGGUGUCCGAUGCCAGCUCCGCAGUGUAUUACUGUAACUACCCCGACGUCUGACGGGUGCCCAUCCGACCCAGCCUGCAGGCCAGAAGCACAAACAGUGUUAGACACUUCCUGGAGGAGCGGAGCAAAUCCUCAGCCUCGCGUUGUGUUGUGUUGUUUUUAAGUUGCCUUGGCGUAUAAUUUAUGGUAAUUUAUUUUGUCUGCCACUUGAACAGCUGGGGGGAGAGGAAUGUGAGGUUGUGUUUGAAGACUGGCUCAGACAGUGGUUUCCCACAGUUGCCCUGUCAGAACCCCAUUUCCAUGUUCAAGUUCACCAGUUUUCAAUGGGUCCUGGAAUAACCUGCUCCAUUUCCCGAAACUUUAUUGAUCAAAGAAAUUUUUAUCCUGGGUGUCUUUUUUUUUUUAAAUCUUAAAAAAAAAAAUAAAAGCUAGAAUCCUACUUUUCCACUCUGCUAGUGCCUCUGUCACAAAAGCCAACUUUUGAGAUCGAUGUUAAGCAAUUAAUAGAAUUAGGAAUGUUUUAAUGAUGACAUUUAAUGUAUAGUAUUGUAAAUUACUGUAAGUUUCUCAUUCUCUGGUACUAGUCUUAACUGACUUGAAGGAGAAGCCCUCAAAUGAACAUUAGGGCAUCCCCAGUUUUUUUCUAGGGAAAAAACUCACAGAAUGAGCCUACUUUAUACAUCUCAAGUGACCCUAGUCUUUACAAGGUAAUGGUUUAUCUGAACACUCUAAAUAGUUUCAAUUUUAUCACUUUCAAAAUCAGAGGAGAAUAUCCAUGUCAUUUUGGUUUUCUGGUUGAAUCUUGAGGUCUGCCUAAAGAGACUUUGGUUUUUGGUUUUUUUUUUUCACCAAGAGUCUUUAAAACUCCCUCUCAGCACUGAACUCGCCAAUCAUCACACACCUACACCCUGGGAAGAAGCAUUGCUGGGUUAAAAAUAAUUUGAAGGAGUCAGGACCAAAUCAAAAUAAAGUGUAUUGUGACCUUGA